AAUAUCUUCGUUAAUCGAUUCUCAAAGUCAAGCAAAAAAGAAAAACGAAACAAUGGAUGCGUUCUCUUCCUUCUUCGAUUCUCAACCUGGUAGCAGAAGCUGGAGCUAUGAUUCUCUUAAAAACUUCCGUCAGAUUUCUCCCGCCGUUCAGAAUCAUCUUAAACGGGUUUAUCUGACCUUAUGCUGUGCUCUUGUUGCGUCUGCGUUUGGAGCUUAUCUUCAUGUGCUCUGGAAUAUCGGCGGUAUUCUUACAACGAUUGGAUGCGUUGGAACUAUGAUUUGGCUCCUUUCUUGUCCUCCUUAUGAACAACAAAAGAGACUCUCUCUUCUGUUUGUGUCUGCUGUUCUUGAAGGUGCCUCUGUUGGGCCCUUGAUCAAAGUGGCAAUUGAUGUUGACCCAAGCAUCCUCAUUACUGCGUUUGUUGGAACUGCAAUAGCGUUUGUCUGUUUCUCGGCUGCAGCAAUGUUAGCAAGACGCAGGGAGUAUCUCUACCUUGGAGGACUGCUUUCAUCUGGCUUGUCCAUGCUAAUGUGGCUUCAGUUUGCCUCUUCGAUCUUUGGUGGCUCUGCAUCUAUCUUUAAGUUUGAGUUGUACUUUGGACUCUUGAUCUUUGUGGGAUACAUGGUGGUGGAUACACAGGAGAUUAUAGAGAAGGCACACCUCGGCGACAUGGACUAUGUGAAACAUUCAUUGACCCUUUUCACUGACUUUGUAGCUGUGUUCGUUCGGAUUCUCAUCAUAAUGUUGAAGAACUCAGCAGAUAAAGAAGAGAAGAAGAAGAAAAGGAGAAACUGAGGCGAUGUAAGUAGAUAGAACUUUAUGGUGGUCAUCGUGUUUGGCCUGUUUGUUGUGUUAGGACACUCUCUUGGUGACAACACAACACAUGUUUUUCCACUAAAAAGGAUUUGGUUAUUUCUCUUGUGCACAAAUAUCACCUUCAGAUUGUAAAUGACUCGAGUGUUGUUCUUCUUUUCUAAACUUUGUUGUUUAAGAGUUUGGUACUACUAAUUUCAUCUUAUCAAGCUAAGAACAAAAAAGAAGGAAUAUGAAAUUGCUGUUUCCAGGUU